AUGCGCACACUCUGUGCGGAAGACUGGAGCCUGCCUAUCCUAGCGGUUGUCACUGACGGACUGUCCGUAGUUUACUGGCUCUGCAAGGUCAACAACCACCCCAUCGAGUACAAGUACACGGACUCGGGCAAGGGCGAGACGCGCACCGAUACGUUUCUGCAGCUGAGCCCCAUUGGCAAGAUCCCCGUGCUCAAGGACGGGGAGUUCGUGCUCACUGAGAGCCAUGCCAUCAUGCUUUACCUUGCGGACAAGCACGACUGGGAGUCCUGGUGCCCUAAGGACCUCAAGAUCCGCGCUCGUAUCCACGAGUACACGAACUGGCACCACCUCAACACGCGCCGUAGCUCGGAGAUCUUCUUCAACCAGCUAAUGGUGAACAUCGGUCGUGGCACGCCUGCCAUGGAGGCCAUGCUCCAGAAGAAGCACAAGAUCAUCGCCGACAUGUUCCGCAUCCUGGAGUUCUGGUUGCGUCACGGCAACUUGUACCUCGUAAGCAACACUAAGCCCACGGUCGUGGACCUGUCUUGCUACAACGAAGUGGUGCAGCUCGAGGUCAUGGGACUGCUCACCAACGUGGAGAAGGACUUCCCCAAGGUCGCGGCCUGGCUCAAGCGCAUGAAGGACGUCCCGCACCACGACGAGAUGCUGGCGCCCAUGGGCAAGUUCUUCCGCAAGUUCAAGCUGGCAGCGCACAAGCUGUGAGCUGCUCACAUUUCGUGAAAAUGUAUCGAACUUGUGAUUGGCCAAAAAUGUAGUGAGGAACUUUCAUCCAAUGAAAUUACGUUAAAUCUCACAAUAAACGUCGCUUUUGCGCUGCUG